AUGGAUCGGGUCCCUAUCGAAAUCCUUCAACAGAUCCUGCGAGAUGUCGACGGCUCGAGCAACCUCUUCAGCGUCGUACGCGUGUGCCGCACAUUCGCAGCUGUCGGUCUGCCGUAUCUAUACGAGGAUUUGGUCUGGAAGAAUGCCUUGCAAGCUCUGAACAACCUGUCUUUCUGGUCCGAGCAUCCGCAAUCACAGUCAUGGGUGCAUAGCUUGACAGUGCGUCGCUUGAAUGCCACUAAUAAUGCAUACAGUCCACCGCCCUUGACGCGAUUCACGCAGCUUGGAGGAUGCCGUAUCCACCCUGGCUCGGUCGUCGCGGGGCCCGACUCGGUCUGGGGGUUGGGGUUCGCGACUAGGCUCGGCGUGGAGUUUCCGCUCAGCCGCCGUCCACAGGAAGAACAUCCGCUCCUACUAAAAUUCUCCUCCACUCAUCCUUUGACGAUCCUACGCACGCAACACAACCGGGAUGCGGUGACGGAAGAAGAACGGAACAACGUUGCGCUCUGCUCCCUGGUCAGCUUCGCCAGCUUACGCCGGUUGACCCUCACCACCUCGCGCUUGCCUGCCCGGAUCCUCGCCGUCAUACACGAGUUUCCCAAUCUGCGCGAAUUGCAUAUCAUCAACUGUGAUGUCUCGUUGCGGUCAGGCGAUGGCGAGGCGAUUUUAGACCACAGCGGGUUGCAACUCACCGACCUCACUCUCUGGGGCAUCCACCGCAUGGAUGUACCCUUUGCAGCGGACGAUCAUCCCGCUCGAGUGCCGGUAUAUCGCUUCUACUCGCUCAUGUCCUGUGGCACAUUGCGCAGGCUGCGCCUGCUGAUCCAGGAUCACCCUGACCUCGUGGACGUAUUGUCUGAAACGGCGAGAUCGCAGAUCCCUGCAGAUCGGCAACUGCUUCCGCGCGUUUCGGCGGACCUGGAGGAGCUGACAUACGCCUGGGUGUCCGUCCUACCGGUUUUGAUGCUUCACGCUCGCAAGGAAUCCUUGCUACGGUACUUGCUGCAGAAUUGCCCUCGCAUCACCGAUCUUUCGUGCCUGGGUACAGGCUUCCCAUGGCUCCCGAGUAAUGUGCUACCCAAUCUUCGCGCUUUCCGAGGACCGAUGACGAAACAAUUUGUAUCAAAGCUCGCAAACAGCCCCGUUGAACGCAUCACUCUAGAAUAUGGCCUACUAGAAGAACCGUACCGGGACGUGCCCGCAGAGCAGCCAAUUCCGGUCAUACAGGAGUUGCAUGCCGCGCAGCUGCCACUUCAGGAACUCUCCAUGAGCGUCCUGCAUUGGGAUGAUGAUCUGAUUCAAGGUAUUUGUUCUUUGUUCGCGGGACUACAUCGCUUGGAAGUGAAGUACACAAGGGGUUGUCCUUCCGAGGAGAUGUACAUGAUCAUGGGCAACCAACUUUGGCCACAAAUGCCUGCUCUUCGUUCCGUCUCACUGUUUGCCGUACCGGAGCUUGGUCCCAUCAAGCCAGGCUUGGAGCCGUAUCCCAAGGACCGCCAGCAGCCGGCAGCGUGGAUCGAAACGAGGUUGUCCCCGAGCUAUCGCGUCCCGUGGUCGACAAACGACCGCAUCUCGGAGCAGGACAUGUUCGAGGUAUUGAUGAUCUGGACCCAUUAUUGCCCGCACCUCCGGGAUGUGCAACUCUGCCGCGAUUUCGUUUGGCGAAGGAGCCACGAGAAAGAUAUUUGGGUCAAACGCGAGAUGAGUAAUGCUAGCACUGCGCAAGGCGAAAGCGUAGUACUACCAGAUGAUGACGACAAUUAG